GGCUUCAACAAUGAGGUGGUGACAGGACGGCAGUGACAGACACUCAGAAGUAAUGAGUGAAAUAUGAAGAUGAAAUAUGACUUUAUGAGAAAAUGCUGAUGAUCGUUGUGUCUCAACAGGAAAAUCUGCACAGAAUGAGAGCAUGUCUUUCAGUUCAGGGAGGUGGAGGCAAGGACGUUGUGCUUCAGCAGCGAGGAGUCUCUCAGCUAAUCGUGCCCUGAAGCCCCUGGUUCCCGUCCUCUGCCUGGUGGUCGUAGUGAUAUAUGGCCUGGCUGACAAACUCCGUAACUUUGUGGCCGGCAUCUUCAUCCCUCAGUACCAUUACCCAUACGCCGUGGCUCUGUGCUUUGGUCAGGUUCUGAUCUCUGUGUCAGUCUUAAAUCUCCUUCAUGUCCUGGAUCUGGUGCCUCUGAAGUGUUACUCUAGGUCUCUGGGUGAGAGGGUGUUGGUGCCGGCUAUCUGUACCAGCACCCACGCCGUGCUGGCUACGUGGGCCCAAGCCAGCAGUGUGUACUCCGGCCUCUUCCCCACUACGCUGCCCCUGCUGCCGCUGUUAACUGUCGGCUUUAGUUUUGCCCUGAAGCUGACGUCUCUGCCAUCUCUCCACAUCUCUGUUCUGAUCUCCAUCCUGACUGGGACAUCUCUCGUCAUCACAGUUUCCAAAGGUGUCUCGGUUAUUGAACCUCUGGAAUACAUGUAUGCACCUCUGGCUUUAAUCCUCCACAGUGUCUCUCUGACCUGGCUGGCUAAAGUGUCUGAAGCUGAGCGCCACCACUCCCCUGAUGCCCAAGCGUCCAUAUUUGACAUCUACUACGCCCAGCUGGUGAACCAGAGCUGGGUGCUGGGCCUCCUGUGGCUGCUGCACCCAGACAGACCCUGGCAGGUUCUGAGUCGGGGCAGCUGGCACACUUUGCUCUUCCAUGGAUACCUGCUCGCCAUCCUCCUGCUGGGGAUGGUAUUGAACUUCCUCGUCAGUAUAUCGGCUCUAUGGGUGUCGCCGCUUUCUGCUGCACUGCUCCACUCAGCACGGCAGGUGGUACAGCCAUUCCUUCUCGUGUAGUUUUACUUUAAAGGACUGUACCAGUGAAACAAGUACCAACUGUGUUUUUUUUUAUUCUAUGGAGUAAAACAAGUUGCUGUUUAACGUUA